AUGGUAAGGCAAAUAAGAAGAGUUUUUCAGUAUACCAAGCUGAAACCUAAAGCAUCAGAGGUAUUAACACAACAUUUACGUCAAAGAGGACUGCCGAAUUGGACUUCAUAUUUCGUCCGCUACAAGUCGGUGAUGAAUGACAACUUCGCAAUGUCCCAUUUUAACUGGCUCGUUGAUGGACAAAACUACCAUAUUCUAAGAACAGGCUGUUUUCCUUUCAUCAAAUACCAUUGCUCAAAAAGACCUUGGCAGGAUCUGAAGCUCGAGAACAAUAUCCUCACGUUAUUGAAAAUUUUGAAUUUAGGAAUUCCUACUUUGGCUUAUGGAAUAGCGGCUUUCUUUCUAAUAAAACAUGAGGAGACAGUGAAAACUGUCAAUGGGGACGUUAAGAUUUACUUUUUAAUGGAAGAGGAAAAAGAUGCCAUGUUUUGA